AAUAUGUCAUGUGUUCACUUUCCUUUCAUUAAGCUCACAUGAGAAUUUCCCUCAGCAAAAUUAACUACUUAUUAAGCAUUAUAGCUAUCAAUAAAGUUUCUAACUUGUUCAUCUUAUUGUUCCAAAAAUUUCUUGCAUUUGACCACUUUUUGUUACAGAAAAUGUCUUAUAACCAAACUCAAAGUCGAGGAGCUCAGAUAAGCGAAAGAGACAUCCAAUUCUCGAGAAUCGCUGCGCAGCAAUGCUGCUUCUUCGGUUUGUGCCCGAGGCCUCGCCUUCGCUGGACUCCUGAGCUCCACGAUCGGUUCGUCGUUGCUGUUGCGCGGCUCGGAGGUCCAAAUGAAGCAAAGCCUACAGCUAUAAAGCAGUCGAUGGAAGCAAUGGGAGUUCAUGGCCUUACUCUUCGCCAUGUGAAGAGCCAUCUCCAAAAGUACAGGGCUAACAAUAAGUUGAGCAAAGAAAAGGAAGAAGAGCAAUACAAGGAAGGACUUAACAAUGAAGAACAUUCUCAUAGUCCGGCGCCGAAUCCUCACUGCAGCAGGAGCCCUGAACUUUACUGUGAACCAGCAAGUCAUCAGAUAGAGAAUUGCACAACAUUCCAAAAUGAAAUUGAGCAAGCUGAGAAGAAUGUGGAAAUGCUGAAGGAUGCUCAUGACAGAUACAUGGACUCGUUACUCGAGCGCGCGUACACCGCAGCUGCUUCAGAAUUUUUCGACUCAUAAGUUUCUAACUUAAACCUAAAUGAAUUUAAUCCUUCCUGGGUUAAAUAUUGCAUCAAACUUAUCUUUCAUUCAAAUAACUCCAAGUAUUAGACAUUGUGUGAUCUUAUUUCAAACAGUGAUGAUUGCUCUUGAUAAUGAUUUCUAUAUCCUCUUUUCAUAAUAGGCUUCUAAGUUUUGAUAUCGAUUCGCCAUUGGCAAAUCAAAGAUAUCAUUCUAAAUAAGAAAUUGAAAAUAUGUUGCAAGUAGUUUAAACAUUCUUUUUUAUGAAAAUGAUGUAGAGGUUAUAUUUGCUUAUUCUAUGGUCAUUUUGUAUCAUUCUUAUUGUCCAUAGAGAAGCAAUAUGCUGUGAAACUACUGUUUUUCUAAGCCUAUAUGACACAAAUACAAUCAUGUAAUUUU